AUGAGAACUAUCCUGGAAGAUGAGAAAGUUUUCAUAGUAGGAGACUUUAACGAACAUAUAGUCAGAGAUGCGGGCAACUAUAACUCGGUACAUGGAGGGUUUGGUUUUGGGGCAAGGAAUGAGAGUGGGGAGAAUUUGCUGGAGUUUGUGCUAGCAAAAGAAUUGUUUAUAGCAAACUCGAUCUUUAGAAAGAAAGAUGAGCAUUUGAUCACAUAUAAGAGCGGCGAACAUGCAACCCAAGUUGACUAUUUCUUAGUGCGCAAGGGAGAUCGACCCUCAUGCUUGGAUUGUAAUGUGGUGUUGGGUACAGAGAUGCCCACCCAACACAGGCUUUUAGUACAAGUUUUCAGGAUGAGGAAGAAAAUCGUAGAGAAGAAGGUCGAGUUCAGGGGAUAUGGUCACAACCCUAUCAAGCAAGAUAAGUUUAUUGGGCUUCUCAAGCCAGUCGGAGGAUGCGAAAUGUAG